GGUGCACUAUGAGGGCAAGGACCACCCGAGGCCGGGCUGGAAGGUCCUGGACACCACCCCCUACAGCCGCUCUGCCAACCUCAACUCGGGGGGUCCCGGGCACCAACGCACCUUCCUGAGCUACCGGCGCGCGACCGAGCCCCACGGCCACAACACCCUGGGGGUCACUGACAUCUGCCUGGUCAUGCCCAGCAAAGGGGAGAACACCCCUCACACCUUCUGCAGGGUGGACAGGAACCUCAACACCAGCAUGUGGGGACCUGCCCUGUUCCUGUGCUACAAGAUCUCCAUGGGCAAGGCCAACACGUUGGUCUAUGAAGCAGGGCUGCUGGGGCGUUACCCUGAGCAGGACAGUGAGUCCUUCCCCCUGCCUGAGUCUGUGCCUGUUUUCUGCCUGCCCAUGGGGGCCACCAUUGAGAGCUGGCCAGCGGGCACCAAGUACCCUCUGCCUGUCUUCUCCACCUUCGUGCUGACUGGAGCCUCAGGAGACAAGGUCUACGGCGCAGCCAUCCAGUUCCACGAGGCCUUCCCCCGGGAGAAGCUGUCAGAGCAGCAGAGCCUGAGGCUGGGCCUGCUGAGCGUGGUGGAUCGACGCCCAGUGCCCGGGAGGUCCCUGCAGACCCGGAAGAGCAUCUGUGCCUCCAGGCACAUCUCCCACUUCAUGCACAACGUCCCCUUCCCGUCCCCGCAGCGGCCGAGGAUCCUGGUCCAGGUGAGUCCCUGUGGGGGGUGUCUGACUCACCCUCCUGCCUGUCCCCCCUUCAGUGGUGCCAUUUUCCUCACCCUGCUGCAGAACCUGGGCCCUGACAACGCCGUGGCCCUGCUGGUGGCCGUGCUGACCGAGCAGAAGCUGCUCAUCCACUCCCUGCGCCCCGACGUCCUGACCAGCGUGGGGGAAGCCCUGGUGGCGAUGAUCUUCCCCCUGCGCUGGCAGUGCCCCUACAUCCCGCUGUGCCCGCUGGCGCUGGCUGGAGUGCUCUGCGCCCCCGCGCCCUUCAUUGUAGGCAUCCACUCCAGCUACUUCGACCUCUACGAGCCCCCCUGCGACGUCAUCUUCGUCGACCUGGACACCAACACCAUCUUCCAGAGCGAGGAGCGCAAGUUGCUGUCCCCCCGUGCCCUGCCCCGCCGCCCCUGCAAGGUCCUGCUGGCCUCCCUGCACCACCUCUCCCAGCAGCUGGAUGAGAUGUACAGCCUCCCUGGGGAGGAGGCCUCCCUGGAGCUGGUGCUGAGUGACGCGGAGGCCGCGCGGGGCCGGCGGGCGCAGCUGGAGCUGGAGGCGCGGGCGGCGUUUCUGCGCUUCAUGGCCUGUGUCCUGCGCGGCUACCGCGGCUUCCUCAGGCCCAUCGCCCCCCAGCCCGACCCCGCCGGGCGCGACGCCGGCAGCCUGUUUGGCCUGCAAGGGUUCCUCAAGUCCCGGGAGAGGAGCUACCACCGGUUCUACGCGCAGCUGCUGCGGACCCAGCUCUUCACUCAAUUCAUCGAGGACUGUUCCUUCGCCACUCCUUCUUCGUCCUUCCAGGAGAUGAAGGUGGCCCAACGGGUGGCCCAGAAAUACUCCUCAGUGCCCGACAUGUGGGCCAAGUGUCUUCUGGGCCACUGCUAUGGGCUCUGGUUCCUCUACCUGCCCACCCAUGUCCGUGCUGCCCCUGCCAAGCUGAGGGCCCUCCAACUGGCCUACGAGGUCCUGCGCAAGAUGGAGGUUCAGAAGGUGGUGCUGCCUGACGAGGUGUGUUACCGGAUCCUGAUGCAGCUGUGUGGGCAGUACGGGGAGCCGGUGCUGUCGGUGCGGGUCCUGCUGGAGAUGAAACGCGCGGGAAUCGUCCCCAACACCGUCACC